AUGACAAAACGACGCGAGAAGCGCAUCGAGAUUGAUGCUGCGAGGGAGAAUCUGCGCAAGCUGAACACUGAAUUGAGCGACCAGAUCGCAUGCCGCAAGCAGGCUGGGGCUGUUCCCCCUGGCUCAGCACCACGCAUUGAGGGCGUGUGGACACGGUCCGAGGUUCGAAUGGUUCAUUACGGCCGAUCCGUUGACCGAUCCGUUGACCGAUCUCUUGAGUACAUCGAUGCCGUCUCGGAAGGUGUACCUGUCGACUUUGCUCGUGAACUCAAGAGGAGACUUGCACCACACCGCAAAGUGCCUCUGGCUGUGGUGAUAGUUGGUAUCCCGAGCCUGAGGACGGCUUUUAGAGCUGAUGAUUGA